AUGAAGAAGUUCAAGACCAUGUUCGGCGGUAAGCGAUCAUCAAAGCAAGUUGACCCGCCUGGCCAGACUACAAACCAAUACAUUUAUGCCGCGCAAGCCUCAGAUCGACAGCCUGGACAGAACCUGACACCAAAUCCUUAUGUAUCGGGGCCGUCUGCGUCGAAAAACUAUGUUGCAGCUUCAUCGCAGCAUCAACAGCACCAACAGUACCAACAGCAUCAUCCUCAUCCUCCAACACAGCCUGCAACGCAUCAUCAUCAGAUUCAGCAACAACAGCAAUACCAACAGCACCAACACCCGUCUCCUCCAGCCGCGGUUCCAAUCUCCAGUGCAGCCGCGACAACACCGCUGCAGUCUUCUCCCAUCCCCGCUGUUGAUGAGCCAUACUCGUUCACUCUCAAACUUGAACGCGGUUUAUGGCCACCACUAGAACUAGAAGAUGCAGCAGAGAGUCUGUUACCCGCCGCUGGAAAGCUCCAUCUUGACUUCACCGAACGGCUAGCCACAGCUUGGGCAAAUAGCCACGACGUUGGGGGUAGUUUUGGGACCGCACUAUUUUCCGCAUCACCGGCGUCAGGAGUUGUCCAAUUGCCAGCGCUUUUGUUCGACCUUUCGCAAUAUCGGGUUGUUAGAUCCGCAGACGUUGGUAGAGUCAGGUACGCAGCCAUAUCUCACGUUUGGGGACAGACGACAAAUAUCGAUGGCUCGCGAUACGGAGUGGGAUGGAGCAUCCCAAUUCAGAGCGAGACGAGGCUCUUGCAGAUCCUUGAAGCUGCGCGAGUGGUCAUCGGAGAGAGAUAUGUAUGGAUCGACGUUCUUUGUCUGGACCAGAGACUGAGGAACGAAGUAGAGAUUGCCCAAAUGAAGUCCUAUUUCGCAAAUGCCACAGGCUGCUUCGUUUGGUUGGAUAAUACUUUUGGCGACCCCGGUUGGGAAAUGGUCUUGAAUGCCAUCGAGCACAUCAACGCCAUGUACAAGCAAGAUAAGCAUGGUACACCAUACCCUGAGGCAUUGCAGGAAGUCGUCGGAGGUGGAAGCUUGUUCAAUCUAAAGCUGAGUGAGCAGGAUUGCAUUUCUUGGAUUCGGCGAAUGGCAGCUAUCAGCAAUGCCCCUUGGUUCAGAAGAGUAUGGACAUUACAAGAAGGCGUCAUCCCCGACUCGGUUUAUUUCUGCACUCCUGAGAGGUAUAUGUUUUCCGGAGCUUCUAUGUGGCAGCUCUCAGGGGUGAUUGAGAUGCUCUCGAGGUCCCUGAUAAAAGGGGGAGCCUUGCUUGGAACAGGGUUUGCUCACGAUCUGCAGCGAUCCGAGGUUCAUAAAAUGCUGAAACUGCGUCAGCUGUACCGAAGUGGCGGUAUAUCGUAUUGGCACCUUGCUCAAGCUGUCCAAACAAGACAUUGCAAGUUUGAACAAGAUCGAGUACUUGGCAUUCUCGGCCUUGUGAAUAAGGCGCUGCCUACCGUCACCUACCAUCGCACCGUUGACGAGCUGUACCAGGAAUUGUACCGAGUGCACCUCGCCGACGGUGAUUUUCGAGCAUGCAUGUUCCUUGGUGGGCAAUCGCAGCUCCCGGUUAAUCACGAAAGUAUUGGAAUGAUCACUCCAGAGUUACGGAGUCGCGAGGAGUCUCACACUCUUGAGCCUACAUCAAAUGGACUACACCUCAACAAUGUUGGGUAUGACUACGUGACCCGAAUGCACUGCCAUUUCGGCACAGGAAGUUUAGAAGAGUGGCCUAUGAAGUUCAACCAAAUCCUGGAUUGGACGGUUCAACAGCAACAAGAAUUGGCCAUGGCUUUUAACAUGCCAGACGACGUGCAUGAGCAGACGGGUCUCUGUGCUGGAGCCUUGGCAGCCUAUACGGCGAUUACGGGCCGCAACAUAUCGCCCGAAAGCAUGCAUGAGUUGGCCGAACUCUGGGAGACUGUACAAAGGAACGAACCGAUAGCGUUGUUGGAGUGGAUUAGAGUCGGCGCUCUGCUCCUUCGGGAUUUGAGUUUUGACUCUGCUCUUGUGUUACUGGUCACGCAGAGUAGAAAUGCCCAGUUGGCAAUCCUGACAGAACAAGUGGACGACUUGACGAGCCUGAUUACGUUGAUGCCGGCUUCAUAUCAGGAUCAGCCCGGAGCGGGCUGCAUCGUGGGACGCUUGUUACCCAGCGGGCAAGUGAAGAAGGUCGGCCUUGGAUUUGGAAGAGGACUGCGGUAUUCUGGUAUCGCGAGAUUUACAUUGGUGGAUUAG